AUGGCUUCCAAUGGUGGAGAUGUGGCUUCAUCCCAGUCAACAUCAAAGCCAUCUCCUUCUCCACCUCCUCUACGCAGUUCUAAAUUUAGUCAAGUUCGGUUUAUAGUUACUUCUUCUGAUUAUUUGCUUUCUCUAGAUGUUCUUUUAUUACGUGCUCUCCCAGAAGUUGACUUGCUGUUUUUGAAAACUGUACUUAAAAAGGGAAAAGUAGAAGGUUAUUGUGGUUUGUUCAUUGGUUCGAAGGACAACCUUAGGAAAUGGAUUGGGCAUCCAAAAUUUGAACUUAUUCAUCAUGAUGUGACUGAACCUUUAUUGAUUGAAGUCGAUCAAAUUUAUCACCUCUCAUGCUCAGCUUCUCUCAUCUUCUACAAGUACAGCCCUGUAAAGACAAUAAAGACAAAUGUUAUCGGCACUCUAAAUAUGCUGGGACUUGCUAAGCGAGUUGGAACAAGAAUCUUGCUAACAUCAACCUCUGAAGUCAUUGAGCAUCCUCAGAAGGGAGAGUAUUGGGGCAACGUCAGCCCAAUUGAGAUUCGUAUUGCUAGAAUCUUCAACACUUAUGGACCUCGCACGAACAUUGAUGAUGGUCGUGUUGUUAACAAUUUUAUAGUGCAGGCACUCAGGGAUGAGCCAUUGACAGUCCAGUCUCCUGGAACACAGACCCGCAGCUUCUGCUAUGUUUCUGACAUGGUUGAUGGCCUUAUUCGACUAAUGGCAGGCGACCACACUAGACCCAUCAACCUUGGAAAUCCUGGCGAGUUUACAAGGAUGGAGCUUGCUGAAACCGUGAAAGAGGUCAGUAAGCUUAUUGAUUCUUCUAUCCCCGUUAAGAUCAUGGACAAUAGACCAGAUGAUCCUCGAUAGAGGAAGCCUGACAUUACAAAGGCAAAGAAACUCUUGGGAUGGGAGCUCAAGGUCAAGUUACGUGAAGGUCGCCCUCUCAUGGAAGAAGAUUUUAGACAGAGGCUCGGCAUUCCAAAGAAGUAACACCCUCCCAUUUUGCAUAUGCAUCGUUGGGGAUCUUGGAUCUUUUACAGGGCUCUGUGCAUUUCAUCAUGCUGAGAACGAUUGUUUUAAAGGAUUAUUGUUCGUCAGAUGAACAACUGUUCAAGGACCUGGUUGCUCAGUUUUUCAUGAAGUUGGUGGAAUGAGGAGCCAUGAAUAUCCAAAUCCAGAUGAGCAUCACAAUGGAGUGGUUCGAUUUUUCCUCCACUGCACCAGCGGUAAAUGAUUACAUAGCUAUCACCUCUUGCCCUAAAACCAAAUUUCUCUCUCUAGGCCACUUGCUCCAAAUGGGUACAUAUCCAUCAGCUCUUGGACUAAAACCAAAUUUCUCUGUCUCUCUCUGAGCCACUUGCUCCAAAUAGCAGGAUAUUCAUCAACUAUUUGGCUAAAACCAGGUCCCUCCCUCUCUCUCCAAGAUGCCACUUGUUUCUUCAAAUAGCAAAUGAGAGAAGAAACGAAAAAGUUCGAGAGCCCAAUCCAUGUGCAAGAAUGGUGGAGGAUCCUCAAUCAGCUAAGAAACUAGGGCGUGUUAGCCAUGAUGAAUUCUGCAACACCAUGAAUGAGAAGUUGAAUUGUGAAGCUCGAAUGGAAGCUGAUCAUGCCUCUCCAAAGCCAGACCAGCCUAAAUUGAAGUAGUAUUUUCCUCUUUUUUUUGUGAAGUUUUAUGGAAGAAAAGUUGUUAGAGAAAUCUAUUUAUGGGAUGUAAUAUAUGCAUUUGUAAUUUGUCUACGUGCUAGGCAAGAUAUCAAUUUAAGUGUGUUAUGGCUGAAUUUGCCUCAA